CAUGUAGGAUGGAUAUGAUGAUGACGAUGGAAAUUUCUAAGAUGAUUAAGAUUAAAAUGAAGAGGAUUAUGAUUAAUUUAAUCAAGUCGAUCAGAUGGAAUCUAAUCAAUUUGAUAACUGUAGAUUAAUAUUUAUGAUAAUUUAUUAGCAUAAAAGGAAAAAUACUAAUAAGACAAGAAUUAUGGUAAUUAUUAACCAGAUCAACAAAAAUAAAUUGAAGAUAAAAUAUCAGAGGAUUUAGAAGAAAAAAUGAAAAUGUUAGAUGAGUAUUCUAAAGAUAAAAGUGAAGAAUAAAUAUUGAAUAUCAGAAUGCACUAAUUGGCAUUGGCCAAGGUAUUGAUUAUUAUCACUUAAUAUCAAAGAUUCUGGUAUUCACACAUGGCAAAGGAUAAUUCAAAUUAGUGAAAGCUCAUACAAAUAUAGGUGAAGCAUAUCUAAAUUAUAAAUGUUAUGAAUAAGCUAUUGAUCAUUUAACUUUGGCUUUAAAGAAAAAUGCAAAAUUAUAUAAUGAAGAAUAAGAAAGUAAAAGUUAUAAUGCAAUAAUAUUAACAUUACUUGGAAAAUGUUAUUUAGAAAUCAAUAGUUAUGAAGAAUCUUUAGAUUUAUUAAAAAAGGCUUAUGAAACGUAAUGUUAAAUAUAUGGAGAUGAAACUGAACAUUCAAUCUAAACAUUGACUUUAAUGUCUAAUUGUCAUACGUAAAAUUAAAUAAUAUAUAAUAUUUUAGUAAAAUGAAAGAUUAUGAUGCUAGUGAAGAAUGUAUUACUAAAGUAUUUGCUAUUACUGAAGCAAAAUAUGGAUAUAAAUCAGAAUAAAGUGCAAUUUCAUAUAUUGAAAAAGCAAAAAUAUUUGCUUGUCAAGAAAAUUGGAAAGAUGCUAUAUAAUGUUAAACAAAUGCUAUAGAUUUAUUAGUAGAAAUUAAUUAUCAUAAAACUGAAUAUGUAGCAGAACUUUAUUAAUAAUUAUCAACUUAUUAUGAGAAAAUUUAAUAGAUUGAUGAUCAAAUAGCUUGUUUAUAAAAAGUUAAAUAAAUAUAUAUUGAAUUAUAUACUGCUUAAGAUAAGAAAGUUAUUAAAAUUAAAAGAUAAAUUGCAAUAAUUCAAUUAAAAUAAGAGAGACAUUAAGAAGCACUUGGUGAAUUAUAUGAAACUGAAGAUUUAGAAGUUAAAGUAUAUGGAGAAGGUAGUGUUUAAGUAGCAAAGACAUAAAAAAUUAUUGGUAUAUAUAUAUAUGUAUUUAAAAAAUUAAAGGCACAAUUUUAUUGUUAGUCUAAGAAUUUAGAGAUGCAUUGAGUUAUUUUUAGAAGAGUUUAAAAACAUUUGAGGAGAAUGGAAUGAAAAAAGCUGUAGCAGAAGUUAAAUAGAAGAUUAAAUGUGCUAAAGAAAUGAAAGAAAAAGGAAAAGGUUAAUUAAAUUUAAAGGAUAGAUAAAAUUUAAUGUAAGAUUAUUGA